AUGGGAGAACCAAAAAAGAGACAGUUGGCUUCUGAUAGAUCAGUAUCUGCAAAGAAGCAAAAGCAAGAAGAGGCUUCAUCCGCCUCCAAAGAGUUCGAAAUGAGCCAACAACAGCAAGAUGCCAGUAUUCCAGUCAACUACGAUUUCAGCUCAUUGGAUUGCUGCGAACGUACCAAGAAUGCCAUUACAGAAUUGGGCUUUGAAAAGAUGACUGAAGUGCAAGCUCGUACCAUCCCUCCUCUCAUGGCUGGCCGUGAUGUGCUGGGUGCCGCCAAAACUGGUUCCGGUAAGACAUUGGCUUUCUUGAUCCCUGCCGUGGAGAUGCUGUAUCGUCUCAAGUUCAAGCCUAGAAACGGCACGGGUGCUAUUAUUGUGUCUCCUACAAGAGAGUUGGCUUUGCAAAUUUUUGGUGUUGCCAAGGAGCUGCUCAAGUAUCACCAAUUGACAUUUGGUAUCGUCAUUGGUGGUGCUAAUCGCAAAGCAGAAGCUGAUAAGUUGAUCAAGGGUGUCAAUUUGAUCGUUGCUACUCCAGGCAGAUUGCUGGAUCAUCUACAGAACACUCGUGGAUUUGUAUACAAAAAUUUGAAGGCUUUGAUUGUGGAUGAGGCAGAUCGUAUUUUGGAGAUUGGUUUCGAGGACGAAAUGAGACAGAUUGUCAAGAUUUUGCCAGACGAUAGACAAACCAUGCUGUUUUCUGCUACACAGACGACCAAGGUUGCUGAUCUGGCCCGUAUUUCACUCAAAAAGGGACCACUCUAUAUCAAUGUGCAUGAAAACAGAGACACCUCGACUGCAGAUGGCUUGGAGCAAGGCUACGUUGUGUGCGAUUCAGAUAGACGAUUCUUGCUGCUCUUUACAUUCUUGAGAAAGAAUAUCAAAAAGAAGGUGAUUGUGUUCUUUUCUAGCUGUAAUUCUGUCAAAUACCACUCUGAACUACUCAACUAUAUCGAUGUUCCUGUGCUGGCCCUCCAUGGCAAACAAAAGCAACAAAAGCGUACCAACACCUUUUUUGAAUACUGUAACGCAGACAAGGGUAUUUUAUUAUGUACAGAUGUAGCUGCUCGUGGUUUGGAUAUUCCAGCAGUGGACUGGAUUGUCCAAUUUGAUCCCCCAGAUGAUCCUCGUGAUUACAUUCACAGAGUGGGUCGUACUGCUCGUGCUGGUGGACAGGGCAAAUCUUUGCUCUUCUUGUUGCCCAGUGAAUUGGGCUUCUUAAGAUACUUGAAACAUGCUAAAGUACCCUUGAACGAAUACCAAUUCCCUUCCAACAAGAUUGCCAAUGUGCAAGGACAACUGGAGAAACUCAUUGACAAGAACUACUAUCUCAAUCAAUCGGCCAAAGAUGGCUACAGAUCCUAUCUUCAAGCUUAUUCCUCAUUUAGUUUAAAGAAGAUUUUCGAUGUAAAUAAUUUAGAUUUAGCCAAGGUAGCCAAAGCAUUUGGUUUCGCAUCACCGCCCAAAGUGAAUCUUGGUACGAUUAAACAAACCAAAAAGGAGGAAAAUGACGCUCCCAAGAAUAGCGCCGAGGCUCAAAAGAAGAAAAAGACCAAGGCAUGA